CAGUGUCUCUGUUCACGCGUAUAGGAUCAGCUGAGAGUUGAAGAGAUACAAAAAAAAACUUCACUUAAUUUUUGUAAUUUAAAUAUACAAAUCUAUCUAGAAUUUCAUAAGCAUACUGUUGUGCUGUAAUUUUUUGCACUAACAAAUGCAAAGACUGAAAUAGGGUGGUUUUUUGUUGAGUGAAAGUUUUUCACAAUUCAUCAGUUAGAUGGUUGAAAUGGAUAUUACAGAUUUUGUUAUUGGCGGUACCGCUUCCGUUGGUGCUACAUACUUUACAAAUCCAUUAGAGGUGAUAAAGACGAGAAUACAACUUCAAGGCGAACUAUCUAAAAGUGGUACCUAUGUGAAGUCUUAUAAAGGAGUAAUAAGUGCGUUUAUUGUCGUCGGGCGUAAUGAGGGGAUAAGUGGUCUACAAAAAGGACUUGUGCCGGCGCUGUACUUUCAAUUUAUAUUAAAUUCUUUUAGAUUAGGUUUCUACACUACGGCUAUGCAGAAAAAAUGGAUGCACAAGAAGAAUGGUGAUGUUUCCUUCCCAUUGGGUUUGUUUUGGGGCGCGUUGGGUGGUUGUGUGGGCACAUAUUUUUCUAGUCCCUUUUUUAUGAUAAAAACGCAAUUGCAAUCACAAGCUGCUAAAGCUAUAGCCGUUGGCUACCAACAUAAGCACACCGGCACUUUCCAAGCGUUGAGCCAAAUCUAUGCUGAGCGUGGUAUUACUGGUUUAUGGCGAGGUUCAAUGGCGGCUGUACCACGAGCAGCUUUAGGCUCCGGCGCUCAAAUUGCCACUUUUGGCAUAACGAAGUCUAGGUUACGCGACAAUGGCUGGGUGACGCAACCCACAUUGAAUUCCUUCUGUGCCGGCGGUAUUGCCGGCACUAUUAUGUCAUUGGCUAUAACACCACCUGAUGUGUUAACCACUCGUCUUUACAAUCAGGGAGUUGAUGCCAGUGGCAAAGGUAUAUAUUACAAUGGUUGGCUUGAUUGCGUGGUUAAGGUUGUGCGCACCGAGGGUUUGCUUGGUUUAUACAAAGGAUUUUGGCCAAACUAUUUGCGCAUCGCACCGCAUUCUACAUUAGUACUACUAUUUUACGACGAAUUAAUGGCCAUAAGAGACAAAUAUUAUAGUUGAAUCCAAAUUGUAAUUGACAAUCAUCAGUGGCCUUAUAAGUACGCACAAUGGAAGAAACUAGUGGAGGUAUCCAUGUACAGUAGGGAGCAUAUUUGAGUACAAGUUUGUGUAACGUGUAUUUCUUUCUGUAUAUGCAGCAUAAGUAAGUAGCAAAGAAAUUUUAAAAAUAUUUUUUUCCUUUUAGUUUAUGUUCAAAUAUAAACCAAAUUGCUAAUAAUACAAAAAGAAAAUAACAAGUUCGAAGAAAAAACAAAUAAAACUGAAACAACUCGCUUGUACUCAAUUUUGCACCUUA